AGGACUAGAGGCUCCAGGUCUAUAGCAGAUAUACAGUAAUGAUGGCUGAGUCAAACGCUACCGGAGACAUUGGGAAGGUAAAACUUCAGCAAAGGAUAAGUGUGAAAGGAAUGGAAUUAUAUUAUGUACCUAGGAAGCUCUUAUCCAUUGGGGAAAUUUCAGCAAAGUUGAAGGAUAAGACAACAUGGACUGUCAGUGGGAGAAGAAUGUUUGAAACACUUGGACAGGUGAGGCCCCAUCACUUCCAGCACAUGCAGGUGUCUUUUCCUAUCACUCACCUGCAGCAUGUCACUGGCAGGAGAUCUAUGGAUGGGAUUUAUUCCCUAGGGGGCUUCAUAGCAAAACAACAUGAUCGUAGACCUGAACUUAAUGAUCUGUCAUUCUGGAGUGUAGAUGUCUCUUCACAUGACAUGGAGGCUGCUCGGGAAGAGGCGUAUGAGGCUGUCAGAAGGGUGGUGACACCAGCAGAUGGGGAGAAUUACCGCAGAGAGAUAAAGGAGCAAUUCGCCAACUCUCCGGCAUUUCUGAAAACUUCUCGCUAUGGGAACUUCAGAUUCUCCUUCCCCCUGUCUGACCUGCUGGCUCAGUAUAAGAGUCAGUUCUGUGGAGGGGAAGAACCACAGCUCAGGAUUCUGGGCACUGACCUCUACAGACAGGAGAUCGCUCAUUACAUUGUAGUGCAUGGUCCUGAUGCUGACCAGUACAUGGACCUCCCAGUGGUGCUCAGUGUCACCAGUGGCUCCGGUCCUCUGCCCUUUGUCUACUGGAUGGAUGGAACAUUGCACUGGAGGCCUGAAUCCACCUCUCUGGCCUUGAAGGUAAAGAUUUCUGAAGAUGUUUUUGUCACAAGGGAAUGCUACAAGCUGUGUGACUGGUAUACCACUAGGGGGGAUUGUGUUCAUGAUACCUACAGUGUUUGGAACCACCUGGUUUUCGCUUUCCAUAUCCCCAAAGGUCAACACCUGAAGAUUCCAAAACAGGACCUUCGGAAGAACCUGUCGGUCUGCGGUAAAGGGGACCCAUUUCUGGGGACUGAGACAACACUAAGUGCUAUAGAGGCGCAGGAUAUUAUCAACAGCUUGGAUAAAUCCUGAAGCAAAUAUUGAUAAUGUGACAAUCAGAAGAGAAUGUUGCAUUUAUUAGAUCACUCUAUUGUUGGCAGAAUGCGGCCGUCGGGGUGGUAAAGAAAGCUUAUGUUAAAAUAUAUCAAAUCUAUUUCUAAUAUGGUGUUUAAUUGGCUGUGCAAUCAACAUCACACAUGAUCUAAUGUUAAGAUGUUAAGAUGACGCAUUUAUU